AUGGCGGAAGCAGGAGAGCCGCAGUCACCCAAGACUGUCCAUCCCAUCGACGAAUCGCCUGUUGGUUCAGACAGGGAGACGGAUAACUUUGAGGAUGCUGUCGAUACAGGGUCUGUAAGGUCUCUGACUGGUCGGAAAGCGUCAACCAUAAAACCCAUAAGACCGGUCAGCAGCGAUACACAACCCCAGUCCGAUGCCUCUUCGAGCCCGAUUGAAUCGGUGAACGAAGACGCUAUUGCAGAUGCAGAGCCAACAAAGGGGGAGCAAGAAAAUGGCACACAAAUAGGGGCAGCACACAUGUCAGAUCGACUAUCAAACGCUUCGUUGGAUGAGGUCAAGCUGGACGAUUCCAAGCUGGAGGACAUUAAGCUGGAGGAUGACACUGCUACACAGGAGAAGGAGAAAGAAGAGCACCCGGUAGUCGUUAAGGGGCCCACCAAGAAGCUCUCUUUGAGUAAUAUCGCCAGCUCCCUGCCAACAAUGCCAUGGUCGCCUUCCAACUCGGAAUCACCCUCAAGGGGAGGCAGCCCAAGCCUUGGGUCCAACGCGACAUUUGCGGGGCCAGCUCCUGCAGCACCGCCGGCUGGACCGUCUCGAAAGCUCACCAGUCCCUUUUCCUGGCUGUCCCGUAACUCACAGAAGGAAACAGUAACAUCACCACCUGUUACUGGAGCUACCUCGCCUCGGCGGAAUACCGCAAGCUCUAUAGCAACGUUGACAAGCAACCCGGAAAUGAUGCUUGGCAAGCUUGAAGAGGGAGACGAAAGCGGUGGCACAGAUGGACGCCGUGGGUCAGCAAGAAACAGCUUGAGGGACAGAUUCAAGUUGGUCAGAAUGCGGGAAGAGGCAGGGAUUUCUCUACCCAUGGAGAAUGGAGAGGACGACAAGCUUCCUGGGACUCGUGCCAGUCUCACUCGAUCGUCUACAGUGGGUAUCAUGAGCCCGUCUCUUGACGCUGGUCAAGAUGCGCAGCCUCUGGCGUCCCCAUUGCCUGUCAGUCCAAAUCCUUCUUUGGCACCCGGUACCGUGUCGGGGAUACAAGCUGGACCCUCGGCGAUGGCCGAUACCCAAGUCGACUGGGACCUGUGGCAAUCUGUUGUUUACGAAGGUCCUGCUGCGGUUGCGAGAACUAGCCCAGAAGAGCUCAACAGAGCCAUUGGUACCGGCAUCCCGAAUGCUAUUCGAGGUGUGGUCUGGCAAGUACUUGCCCAGAGCAAGAACGAAGAGCUCGAGCUGGUAUACAAGGACUUGGCUACUCGUGGGACUGAAAAAGAGAAGAACCGGGACAGCAGCGGCACUUCACUUAGCGCCUCUAGCAAUGGGAACUUGAGUGUCGACAAGGAGACUCUGGCAUCUUCUGCCUCAUCAAUACAUUCUGAAUACUCUGGCAUCAACGGCGCCAAGUCUCCCAGCGUUCCCUCGGAAAAAGAGAAUGAGGCAAUCAUGAAGGCCCAAGCACUGGCCGCCGCGGAGAGAAAGAAGAAGGACAAGGAGGCUGCGGCAAGGCUUCAAAGACUUGAAAAGGCCAUCCGACGAGAUCUCGGUGCAAGAACCAGCUAUUCAAAGCACGCUGCUGCUGCUGGGCUUCAGGAUGGUCUGUUCGGAGUUUGCAAAGCCUAUGCGCUUUUCGAUGAGGGUGUUGGCUAUGCCCAAGGGAUGAAUUUCCUCAUCAUGCCGUUACUGUUCAAUAUGCCGGAAGAAGAGGCAUUCUGUCUUCUAGUCCGAUUGAUGAACCAGUAUAAGCUCCGGGACUUGUUCAUCCAGGAUAUGCCCGGACUGCACAUGCGCCUCUUUCAAUUUGAGCGACUCCUAGAAGAUCUCGAGCCCGCACUCUACUGCCACCUUCACCGCCGAGGCAUCACAGGGCACCUCUACGCCACCCAAUGGUUUCUGACACUAUUCGCCUACCGAUUUCCUCUGCAACUGGUACUGAGAAUCUACGACCUCAUCUUCUCGGAAGGCCUCUCUGCCAUUCUCAGAUUUGGCAUUGUUUUGAUGCAGAAGAACGCAACGACGCUCCUCGCGAUGUCAGACAUGGGUCUACUCACAAGCUAUCUUAAGGACAAGCUCUUCGAUGUCUACAUUGACCAAGCACCAAGUGCAGGCAGCAUUCUAGAGAACGGCUUCUUCGGCAGCAGCUCAUCUAACAUUGACAAGGAAGUCUACCGGGCUGACCAGCUUGUUCGGGAUGCCUGUGAAAUUAAAAUGACACCCGAACUCCUUAAAAGUUACACGGUGGAAUGGGAAGAAAAGACAAAAGCGGAGAAAGAGCGAGAACAAGAACUCGAGUCCCUCAAACUAGCGAAUCACAGCUACGCGAUCAAGGUACGCAAGCUCGAAGACCGCAUAGAAGCGUGUGACACCGAGCAAGCGUCCAUGGCCAACGAGCUGGUCCACACCAAGAUCGAGAACGAGGAGCUAAAGGAUGAAAACGAAAGCCUCAAGGGACAGGUCAAGGAGCUGCGCAUCGUCAUUGAGAAGCAGCCAAUCGAGAUCGAGGGCGCGUGGAAGCUGGAACGGGACAACCUAAUGGAGCGGAAUUCCAAGGUCCACGAGGAGAACCAAAAGAUUGAGAAGGAGAUGUCUGAGCUUGAAGAGGAGCUUGUGCAGACAAAGAUGCGGCACGCUGAGCUCAACUCGCAACACGAAACUCUUCUGCGGAAGUGGACAGAUCUCAAGCGCCAGUUUGAUUGA